CAAGCUUGCACAGAGAAGCAAAAUGGCCGAUAGUAAACUAACCGACCUCACAGCGCUUUGCAACCACCAAGAGGUUAUACAUGUGUAGUUUACAGCGAAAACUACAUUCGUACGAAAGGAUAUACCUUAACUGAAUUUCUCGAUUGUCAACAUUUCGUCUUUUGGUGAUGUUAUUUCUUAUUUGGUUUAGCCUUGAACUACCGUUAGAUUGCUAAACUAGCUUUAGCUAACUAGGUCUGCAAGAAUUUCACAAAGUACUUUAUGUUUGUGAUUCCUGAGAUAGGAGAAUCAGGAAAGGGAACAGCAGUUCAUGGAAGACAAGAAAAAGAAGAAAGAGGAUAAAAAGAAAAGGGAAUCUUCCCAGAAGGUGACUGAACAAAAAGUCAAAGUGCCAGAAUUAACCAAGGCCACCUCCACGCAGUCACUAGCCACUCCUGGCUCUGUGUCUCCCAGCCCUGGCCCCACUCCACCAUCGUCCCCCUGCCCUGCAGCUGGGUUCGCUGUUCCUCCGGGCGGGAACAAUGCAAACCGGGCGGCUGUGGCCAACGGACAGCCCCCCACCGGAACUCAGCGCUAUAUGCCCAGAGAGGUGCCCCCACGAUUCCGCUGCCAGCAGGACCACAAAGUGCUUCUGAAGAGGGGCCAGCCACCACUGUCCUGCAUGCUGCUGGGGGGAGGCAGCGGUAGGGGAGACACACCCCCUCUUUCACAGGGAGAUGCCCCCAAUGCAACCACAUCUGGAUCCACAGAUCCCAAUCUGGGUUCACCUUCUCCUUCACCCCCUCACUCCUCACCAUCAUCUUCAGUCGCUGCUUCUUCAACUUAUGCAAAUUCCACAUGGGGGGUGGGCUCUGGCAGCCAGCCCCCAUCUCAGGGCUGGGAGAAUGUGAUAGUGGAUGGGAGUGACCUUGAAGAGUGGCCCAGCAUCGCGGGUGGGGAUAGAGUGGGUACCGAGGGGGCAGAGCUGGAUGGCCCCAACAAUAGCAGUGCCUCACGGACUGACAAAUGCACCCAACAGCAUCUGAGGGCAGGAGCUGGGAGUUCAGACAGUCCCUCCCCACCCUACUCUUCCCCCUCGUCACUCACUGAAUGUGUCCUGUCUGGUGUCGUGUGGGGCUCUUCCAGUCAGCCUGGAAUUGGAGUGGCCGCUGCAGCAACAACAGAGGGGCUAGUGCUCAACAAUUCCAAAGUCUCCUUUCUUCCUGGGGCUCAGGAGAGCCCUCUUAGUGGAAUUCCUGGUGCCAACUUCAACCCUAAUGCCAACCCUUCAGCCUGGCCUGCCCUUGUGCAGGAUGGAACGACAGGGGUUGGUGCAGCUACCACUGAAGCUGUGCCCUCAUCCAUCACAACAUCCUUCUCUGCCAGUACCACCCAUACUCAUCCACUCUCCUCUGUGAAUCAAGCUAGCCAUCAGCACCAACUCCAUGAAAUGCCUGCCAGGGAUGGAGCACAUCUCCAUGGGGACUGGGGGGGCUUGGGGCCGGAGCUUGGAGAAGGACCAAAUCAAGGAGGCAGAGAACUUGUAGACAGUGGGGUUGUUGGAGGGAGCGGGAAUCUCUCUGCCUCGUCAUCCUCCUCCACAACCUCUUCCUCUUCAUGGAGAGCCUUGCUCCCCCCCCCUAACCUCAACACAGGUGCCUCUAAGACUGACGGGUGGGACAGAUUAGGGGGAGAUGCAGCUCAGGGGGAGGAGGCCAACGUGUGGGGCUUCGGCAGCCAAGGUGAGAAAGCUGGUUUGGCAGGAGAUGAGGCAUGGGUCAGGGGAAAUGAUGUUAGCUCAAAUACCCCAGUGGUAUCUCAGGGAGCAUGGGAUGGGGCUACAGAGGAGGGUUGGGGCGGUACACAGGGGUCGACAGGUGUCAGGGGUUCCAGCAACCCAGCAAUAGGAAGUAGCGGUGGAGGCGAGAGCAGCAGCAGCAGCGGAGGUGGUGGUGAUGGUGGCAUAUCCCAGGAUUCUGUCUCACCAACAUUUGCUACUAUGACAACAGCUUGGGACAAUCAGAAAGGGGUUGAUGCUGUGGGGGAAUGGGCAGGUCAAGGCAGAGUAAGUGGAGGCCCCUCAUGCUCUAGUGGAGGAGGGUCCAGGGCUGGGAGUCACAAUCGGCACCAGGAGCAAUCCCGCCACCGCUCCAGCAACCCACCCCCCAACCCUGAAGUGGCCUUAAAGAGCAUGCUCAGCCGGUCGGACCUGGAUCCCAGGGUGCUGUCCAACACCGGAUGGGGGCAGACCCAGGUACAGCAGAAUGUGGCCUGGGACCUGGAUACAGGAGCAGCCAGUCAAAAUGAGGGAAGCAGUUCCCCUGCAUUUCCAUCUCAAGCCGUUAAUUCUACUGGUCGGCCUUCUGCUUACCCCGCAAGCAACAGCACAAUGACUACUGAUCGAUCUGCGGGGGCCCACAUGCCUACUAUGAACACUGGCCCUGUACCUUCAAAGGGUGGCUGGGAUGACGAGUCAAAUUGUGCUCCACCAUCCAACAUGCGGAAUUCUGCUUCCUCCAGGACGCCAGUGGAAGAUAUUGAUGGCAGCCGGGGAAAGACGAGUGGAGCCUGGGGCGACGUCGGUACUUCAGAGAGCCAUGGCAAAGGCUGGGGCAGUGAGGAGCAGGAGGGGAGAGACCGCAGAGGGGGCGGAGGAAGUAACUGGAGAGAUUUCGGAGAACAGGGUGGUGGAAGAGGGAGUGGCUGGGGAGGUGGUCAGGAGGAGAAGGGGACUGCAGGGGGUUGGAAAGAGAUGGGUAGGGAGGGAGGUGGAUGGGAACAAAGAGGAGGAGGCAACUGGGCGCAGCGUGAACCCAAGACAGUCAGUGGAGGCUGGGGGGAAGGGAGGGGCAGAGGUGGAGGCAACACAGACAAGGGAUCUUGGGGUAACAUCGAUGAGGGAGGCCCACAGAGGAGUUGGGGAAGUGGAGGUGACAUGGGUGGCAAACCGCACCAGGACUGGUGCAUGAAGCCGCAUUCAGCACAGAUACCAAACAGCCAAGUGGCAACACUGAAAGCCCCAAAUCAACAGCAACACCAAUCACAGACCCAACAGCCACCAGGAGGCUUGGGCAGGUCAGGAGGUCCUCCCACCCAGAAUCAGAACCAAAGCUCGGGCUGGACUGCUGGCCCCAUCCCUCAGACCCCCGUUGGGCCUGCUGAGGCCCCUGAACCAAGCGGGUGGGAGGGGCCCUCCCCUCAGUCCAUCAGCCGCAAGAUGGAGAUUGACGAUGGCACUUCAGCCUGGGGAGAUCCCACCUGCUACAACAGCAAGAAUGUGAACCUGUGGGACAAAAAUAGUGCCCCCUCUGGUCCGCCACCGCCACUUCAAGGCCAAACUCAACAGGGUCCACCUACAUCCGUACAACAGCCACCACCAAGGAGACAGCCUGCGAUCCCAGCUAACCGGGACUCUAACCCUGGCAAUGCACCUGGAAUGGGCCCAGUUAUGUGGGGAGGGGGUGGCAACCUCGUUGGACAAUCUGUGGAUAAUGGCACCGCUUCCUGGGGGCAGACUUCUGAUGCACCAUCUGGCUGGGGAGACCCAGAUAACUCAAGCAAAACUGCUGGUUGGGGAAACCCCUCAUCUAAAUCUGGUUCAAAGUCAGUGCAAGAGAGCUGGGGCAAAGGAGAGGGCCCAGUUCCAGCCUCUCGACACUCCAGUUGGGAUGAGGAGGAGGACGUUGGUGGAGUUUGGAACAGCACAGGCUCACAGACCAGCAGCAACUAUAACUCUGGUGGCUGGGUGCAAGGCCCCGGGGGAAAGAGAGGCAACAGCAAGGGUGGAGGUGGAGACAACUGGAUGAACCCAAUGACACGACAAUUCCAAAAUAUGGGACUCAUGGGCGAGGACUUGAGUCUAGAUAAAAAGUUGGAAGGAGAUAAGAGAGGGAUGAACGACUACAGCGGUGAAAUGCGGAGAGGAGGAAGAGGUGGAGGAGGCUACCGUAUGCCCAGUUCCAAAGACAUGGGGCCUGGAGACAUGGGGCCGUACAGUGACAAGAUGGGUGGUCAUGGUUUAUUUGGUGGCAGCGGUGGGAUGCCUCUGUCUCGGGGAAUGCACCAGCCUGGGAUGCAUCCCAUGAACCCCUCCCAAGGGUUACGCGGACAAGUCCCUCAUCAAUUCUUGUCUGCGCAGGUGCCGGGCCCCAUGCUAAAGCAGAUACCCUCUCCUGGCAGCAGUGUCGGAGGAGUAGGUGUCGGAGGAGUAGGUGUCGGAGGAGUAGGUGUCGGAGGAGUAGGUGUCGGAGGAGUAGGUGUCGGAGGAGUAGGUGUCGGGGGAGGGGUGUUCCCACCUCAGCUCUCCCCACAGCAACUUGCAGUGCUUAGUAACAUUUACCCCCAUGUGCAGCAGUUCCACCUGGCUUGUCAGCUCCUUCUGCAGCAACAGCAGCAGCAGCUCCUGCAGAACCAGAGGAAGUUGCCCCAGCCAAUACGCCAGCAGCCUGAUCCACAGCAGCUGGCUAGAAUCAUGGCUAUUCUGCAACAACAGAGACAGCAACAACAGGGAGUGGUAGGUGGAGGCAGUGGGAGCUCCAAACUGUCCCCAUCUCUUGGAGGGGCACCAAAACAGCCGAUGGCAGACUCGAUGCCCCACCCUGGUAUGGGUGGCCCCUUGUCAGAUCUUCAUGCCAAAACACAGGGGAUGUACUCUGGGCUUGCUCCCGGAGGCAACCUGUCUGGGCUGGAGCUGGGCUCCAUGGUGGAGGGGGUGAAGGAUGGAGGAGGGCAGCAGUCCCGCUUCAAAUGGAUGAUGGAGGGUCACUCUCCGGCCCCUUCUCCCCCCGAUACAGCCCAUCACAAGAAUGGUCCUUUACCCAUGGCCAUGAACGUUCGAGAGGGCUCCCCAUAUUCACAGUAUGAGUUGCUCGGGGUUGAUGAUUUGGUAAUGCCCCCUCAGGGCCCUUCUGACAACUGGCACCGUACCCCUGGAAGCAAGAUGGGCACCAUGACUGGGACAUCCAGCUGGCCCCCAGAGUUCCAGCCUGGAGUGCCCUGGAAAGGCAUCCAGAAUGCCGACCCGGAGUCUGACCCUUACAUGACCCCUGGCAGUGUUCUGGGCUCCCAUGGACCCUCCAGCCUCAGUGACUCUGACCACCAGCUACUGCGAGACAACACAGGGCCAAACCCCUCCCUCAACACCUUGCUGCCUUCACCAGGUGCCUGGCCCUACAGUGCCUCAGACAACCCCCUUGGCAAUACACACAGCACAGCAAAGUACUCGGAGUACAAACCCAGCUGGCCCCCAGAGCCCAUCGGACACAAUAAGCCGUGGAAGACCAGUCGUGUCAGUUCCCAGCUGCCACGCCCCCCUCCUGGACUGACCAGUCAGAAACAGGCCUCGACAUCCCCAUGGGGCAGCGGAGCCCCACGUUUGGCCCGGGGCUGGGGAGAGGGCGGGGACAGUCAGGAUUCAAGAUUUGGGACAGGCUCAGCGUGGAGUGAUGGUGUGGCCUCCAGAGGCAGCUGCUGGCUACUGCUCAGCAACCUCACCCCUCAGAUCGACGGUUCCACACUACGGACUAUCUGUAUGCAGCACGGCCCCCUGCUGACCUUUCACCUCGGCCUGACCCAGGGCAGCGCCCUGAUUCGCUACAGCACACGUCAGGAAGCAGCCAAGGCUCAGGGUGCACUGCACAUGUGUGUUCUGGGAAACACCACAAUCCUGGCGGAGUUUGUGAGUGAGGAGGAAGUGGCUCGCUAUUUUGCACAUUCCCAGGUUGGAGGUGCGGAGGGGGCCAGCCCAGUGGCAGGGGCAGCCCAGGGCUCGUCAGGAACACGCACAGCGGUGGGCAACAGCAGAGGGGGCUCCCCGGGCAGUGAACAAGCAGCAAUAGGAGCAGGAAACAAUUUGGGUGGAAACAGCGGGGGAGGAGGGGUUCUGGGUAGUGUGGGGCCUUCCGGCUGGCAAAGUUUGGCUGGUACGGGCAGCUCUCCAGAGGCCACCUCAGCCCAAGGUCCUGGGCUUGGUAUUUUUGCUCAGUGGAGCGCCAACGGGGCUGUGAAAGGGGUAGGGGGUGGGGUGGGACGGGUAGAGGCAGGGAGGUCUGGGCUCUGGGGUGGUGUGACCCCAGGUUACUCCAGCAGCAGCUUGUGGGGUGCACCCCAAAUGGAGGACAGGCACCAAAUGGGCAGCCCAGCUGCCCUGUUGCCUGGUGACCUGCUGGGAGGAGGGGCUGACUCCAUCUGACACACCUUCACAUAAGUAUAUAUUUAGACACAUGACAUACACUGGGAAACACACAAAUACAUAUAUAAAUUACUAAAUAUAACCAUGUAAACACACAAGCAGAAAUGUGAGACAUGCUUACACACAUUCUCAUGGCCAGACUUAAGCUAUUAUAUAAACAAAUGCAGGGACUGUUAGAUGUUUAAGGCCUUUUAACACAGAUGAAGAUUUCAACUGCUAGACUUGAACCUGAAAUUAAAGUAUGUUGGUCUGAGAGACUGGCUGGAUUGCAUUGUGCUUAGUAGGUGAUUUGAUGACGGACUUACAUACACAUGCACACACCAAAUACAAACUAGCCUUUCGGACAGAUGGGCACUGUAACAGCAUUACUCGCGUCAUAUAGGAAAACUACGUGAUGCAGGACAACCUGCAGUUUCCAUUCGUCCCUUAUGGAGACUGAAUCAAAACACGUGGAAACACUGCUCUGAUUGAUGACAGAACUGUAUCUUAUUGUGUAUGUUAGUUUCUGUUUUGUAUGGUUGUUUUUAUUUUGAACAGUGGAAUACUGAAAUGUAAUUGUUCCUUUCAAAUGCUGACCUCCUACUGUUUUCUCUCAAUCACGUUUGUUACUGUUACUAUGAUAAUUGUUGAAACUCUGGCAGUAUGAGGCAACAUUGCAUUUCUGAGUGAUACUGUGUGUGGAAUACUCAGUGUGUGUAUGAAUGAGACCAAGUGAUAAACCCCUGUGUGUGUGAAUGUGAGGAUAAUGUAGUGUGCAUGUUACUGCCUGUCAUGAUUAGUGUGUGAGGCUGCUUACAGAAGGUCUAAAAAUAUGUUUUGAGUGCAUUCGGUAUAUUGCUGACUGUGUGUGUUCAAGAACAUUGGCACUAAUGCUUAGUUUUAUUUUCUCAUUUUAAUAUUAUUUUUGCAGACUCUUUUUUAUUGUCCGAACUGCAAUAAUACAUUUUUUAAUUUUAAUUACAAAGAGCUGAAGGCAUAUGUAUUGAAAAAAGGACAUGCCAAAUCUUAUCAAACUGUGGAGUGGUGGGGGGUUGUUUACAAGACACAGAAAGAGUUAGCGUGCGUUUAUAUGUUUUGUGUAUCGUUUUAAAUUAAGACAGGCUUUAACACUCCUGUUCAGUGUUUCGUUUUGAGAUUUUACAAAGAAAUUUAUUUAAACAAAAAGAGAACAAGAUUAAUAAUAAAGAUGAAAGUAUUGGCUUCUA